GCACUGGGUGCUGUGGGGAGCCUGGGUGUUUUGCGGCCACGAGCGUGGGGCCGAGGGCUGGGUGCUGCUGGCUUGGGCAGCCCCUGUGUCACAUUGCUGGGUGCCAGCGAAGGGCAACUUGGAGCCGGAGGCUGUGGGACUGGGUGCUGCUGGGACGGGGCGCUGGAGCCGGCGGAGGGUGCUGCAAGGCUGUAGCCCCACCGGCUUCAUGAGCCUGGCUGUGCACCCGCGGUGGGGCCAGCCCUAGAGCGCUCCCCUCUUGCUGUUUGAUGCCUGUGGUGUCUGGCUUGGCCAGGCUGGUGGCUGCUGCCCUGCUCGGCCACUCGGGGCCUGGCAUGGCGAGGGCUGGAGCCCUGGUGCCAGAGCGGGCCUGGGGUGAUGCACAGCUCGGCCGGGGCCUUGCCGGGGCUGGCUGCGCCACUGGCUGCAGGGGGCAGCCGUGGGGCAGAGGCAGGGCUCCUGCCCCCGUCCCCAGGCAGCUCGGGCUGGCUGCCUCCCGCGUGAGCCCCAGCUCGGUGGCACCACCCGCCGAAGGCAAGGUGGUCGCCGAAAUGGGAGCCUGGCAGUCCGGGGGGAGCCGGCUUGGCGGGUGCGGCGCGGCAGGGAUGAGGAGCCGGCAGCGGAUGUUUGCGGCGGUGAUGCGCCUGCUCCUCAAAUGCCUGCGGCUGGGCCGGCGGCGGCGGUUUAAGCUGGUGCGGCAAGUGGAGCAGCUGUGGCACUACGGGCGCCUCUGCCUCCGCUCCCUGCUCUACAACUCCUUCACCAACAGCGACGUGGUGCUCGACUCCCUCUUCGAGCCUGUCUACUGGCUGGUGGACCACGUCACCCGUUGGUUCGGUGUGGUGUUUGUGGCACUGGUGAUUGGGCUGACAAGCUCCAUAGUGGCCAUUGUGUACAUCUGCCUGCUGCCCCUCAUCCUGCAGACCUACACACCUGCCUGGAUCUGCUGGCACCUCGCCUACGGACACUGGAAUCUCCUCAUGAUUGUCUUCCACUACUAUAUGGCUAUCACCACCUCACCUGGGUACCCACCACAGGCCAAGGACGACCUCACCGGUGUCUCUAUCUGCAGGAAAUGCAUUGCUCCCAAGCCAGCUCGCACCCACCACUGCAGCAUCUGCAACAGGUGCGUGCUGAAGAUGGACCACCACUGCCCCUGGCUGAACAACUGCGUGGGGCACUUCAACCAUCGCUACUUCUUCUCCUUCUGCCUGUUCAUGACCAUGGGCUGCAUCUACUGCAGCAUCAGCGGCUGGGACAUGUUCCGGGAUGCCUACGCAGCCAUCGAGAGAAUGAAACUGCUUGAGAAGGAGAGACUGCAGGUGGCUGCCAACCAGACCUACUACCAGACCCCACCACCCACCUUCUCCUUCCGCCAGCGGGCUUUCCACAAGAGCAUAGUCUACCUCUGGGUCCUGUGCAGCUCAGUUGCAUUGGCCCUGGGUGCCCUCACGCUGUGGCACGCUGCCCUCAUCACCCGUGGGGAAACCAGCAUUGAGAGGCACAUCAACAAAAAGGAGAGGCAGAGGCUGCAGAAGAAAGGCAAGGUGUUCAGGAACCCCUACAGUUACGGCAGCUGGAAUAACUGGAAGGUGUUCUUGGGAGUGGACGUGCCAAGACACUGGCUCACCCGGGUCCUGCUGCCCUCUCCUCACCUGCCCCAUGGAACAGGCCUGAGCUGGGACCUCCCUCCCUGCGUGACAGAGCAGCAUGCACCGCUCCUGGCCAUCUGAGGUGGGGGACCUGGGUGCUGCAGUCGUCCUUGCCCUGCAGGCAGGGAAGCGCAAGAUCGUCACUGUCAUCCUGUUUGGCCCCAGCACCUGGCUGAAGGCAGGUGCUGGCACAUGCUGCCAGCUGGAGCCAAAGCCACCGGGAACUGUGGACAGUAUCUCUGCCUGAACGCCUGCUCUCGUGGCUCCUCGGUGGCUGCAGGCAGCCCCGGGGGAAGGGGGGGGGCACAAACUGGUGCUCCCCCAUGAGCUGAAGGUGCUGCCCUUGCUCCACACAGGUAUAGGCCAGCACGUCGCCCAACUUGACUCUCUGGAAACAGCGCGGGUAGGGCUGGGAUUAGAGGACGGUAUACUUCCCCCCCAGGUACUUGCCAGGGAGCCUUUUUAAGAACAUAAGAACAUCCAAUAAAGGGUUGGGGGUUUUUUGUUUUUUUUUUUUUAAA